UCUGCCUGCACUGGCUCAGCACACUCUACUCUCUCUCUGCCUCAUCCGUCCCUGUUUAUUGAUCCACCAUCCUCACACAUGCUCCUAUACCUGCUGCUACCACUUUAUCUUUCCCCCCGGGGGCUUUUCUAGGGAGCAUUAUUUAUUUGAACUUUUUACUUCCUGCCUGCCUUCUUCAGAUUGGAAAGAAAUGACAGGAACAAAGUGGGAUUGUUUUUUUGACCUUAGAGUAACAGCAGCAGCAGCACAUCUUUGAAGCUUUUGUCGGACAGCCUAAAGGAUUGAAAAGGGAAAGAAGGAACGCCCAACAAGGGCUUUUUCUUUUCCUUCCCUCCUCAAGGUUUUUUGAGGUUUUUUUUCCAGAUAAAUGAUGAUAAAUGAGAAGCUCGUGCGUUGAGAAUCAAACAAAAGCAAAUCAUGAACACCUCUGACUUUCAUGGAUUGAUCCAAGGCUAUCUGAACCGGAGCCUCACCUCUGGGACUCUAACGCUCAACAAAGACUCACCACUGGAGGACAAGGACUCGUCUGCUGGAUGUUACGAACAGCUGCUGAUUUCCACCGAGGUUUUCCUCACUCUGGGAAUCAUCAGCCUGCUGGAGAACAUCAUGGUCGUCGCUGCCAUAGUCAAAAACAAGAACCUGCACUCGCCUAUGUACUUCUUUAUCUGCAGCCUCGCCGUUGCUGACAUGCUUGUGAGUGCGUCCAACGCCUCGGAGACGAUCGUGAUCGCGCUCAUAAACGGAGGCAACCUGACGAUCCCUGUGGCGCUGAUCAAAAGCAUGGACAAUGUGUUUGACUCCAUGAUCUGCAGCUCUCUGUUAGCAUCGAUUUGCAGCCUGCUAGCCAUCGCCAUAGAUCGCUACAUCACUAUUUUCUACGCACUCCGAUAUCACAACAUCGUCACGCUGCGGCGAGCGACCCUGGUCAUCAGCAGCAUUUGGACGUGCUGCAUCGUCUCCGGCAUCCUCUUCAUCAUCUACUCGGAGAGCACCACCGUGCUCAUCUGCCUCAUCACCAUGUUUUUCACCAUGCUGGUGCUCAUGGCGUCGCUCUACGUCCACAUGUUCCUGCUGGCGCGUCUCCACAUGAAGCGCAUCGCGGCGCUCCCGGGGAACGCACCGAUCCACCAGCGGGCCAACAUGAAGGGCGCCAUCACCCUCACCAUCCUCCUCGGGGUGUUCGUGGUGUGCUGGGCGCCCUUUUUCCUCCACCUCAUCCUCAUGAUCUCCUGCCCGAAGAACCCCUACUGCACCUGCUUCAUGUCCCACUUCAACAUGUACCUCAUCCUCAUCAUGUGCAACUCCGUCAUCGACCCCAUCAUCUACGCCUUUCGCAGCCAGGAGAUGAGGAAGACCUUCAAGGAGAUUUUCUGCUGCUCGCACGCGCUCCUGUGUGUGUGAGCUGCAUCUCAAGUGUCAUGAAACGCCACUCAGAAAAUGUUACUUGGCAGGAAGAGAACUUUGAGGUUUUUGAACUGUAAUCACUGUAGAACGA